AAUCCAUUGCCAGACGUGAAUGAGUGCACGGAACUGACCAAAUCCGCCUGUGGUCUCAACGCCUUCUGUACUAAUCUGGACGGAGGCUUUGUCUGUCACUGUCCGACCGGUUACACUGGAAACUCGUACUCCAUUUGCUAUCCUGACUUAAUGAAGUGCGAGAAAGACAAGGAAUGCCCGGGAAAUACCAUUUGUAUUGACGAUACAUACGAUGGCAAACACUGUGGAUGUCAGACACCAUUUGUCAGAGAAGGAGAUUAUUGCAUAUUGAUGAGCCGUAACUGUUCGACACUCAAUACGUGUCCCCAAAACCAAGACUGCAUUUAUUCGGGUUCUGGUUAUGGAUAUUGUAUUUGUCCGAAAGGAUUCACAUUAGAGGCGAACGGCUUNAUUUAUUCGGGUUCUGGUUAUGGAUAUUGUAUUUGUCCGAAAGGAUUCACAUUAGAGGCGAACGGCUUCUGUCGGGAUAUCAAUGAAUGCGAGGAAAUGAAUGAAUUUGAAUUAUGCGGAAACAACGCCGAGUGCGUCAAUCUUCCCGGUGCUUAUGAAUGCCUGUGCGGUGAGGGAUACUCUGGUGUCGGCCGCACCGGUUGUACCCGUAUUUACCAAUCGUGCGAAAAGGACAGUCAAUAUCCGUGUGAUUGGCACCAAUGCGGCCAAAACGCUGAGUGUUCUUUGGGUGCGAAUGGGACGCAAUGCCGGUGCAAAACAGGCUGUACUGGAGACCCAAACACUGGUUGCAUCGAUAUCAAUGAAUGCACGUCUCUAUUGCCGAUCGAUCCGAACGGUCCGUGCGCUGUGUCGGCCAUAUGUGUGAACGUAUUGGGCAGUUAUAAAUGCGAGUGCUCUCAGGGAGCGGAUGGAGAUCCGUAUACAUCGGGCUGUUUUGGUCGCGCCAAAUGCGAGACCAACUCUCACUGUCCGGACGAUACCGUAUGCGACAGACAGGCGGGCGUUUGUAACGACGCGUGUCUGGCGGCCAUAUGCGGGCCCAACACUGACUGCGUGUCCGUCAAUCACGAGCCCCUUUGCCAGUGUAAGCCAGGCUUCACCGGCAACGCUAACGAUUUGAUCCAGGGAUGUGUCAGCCCCUGCACUAACGUUUGGUGCAGUAUUAACGCACAUUGUAUUGUCAACAGCGAGAACGUCGGUAUCUGUCAGUGUAUGAACGGCUUUAACGGCAACCCCUGGGCCGGCGGCGGAUGUCAUCCCGACUCCGGCUGCUCGGCGUCGAAGCCCUGUCUCCUCGCCGGUCAGGAAUGCAUUGACGGCAAGUGUGUGGAGAGCUGUCACGAC